UCCAGACAUGCAAACAUAUCUACUGGUACCUGAGGUAUACACCAGCCUCUCUCCUUGUUCAAGGCAAGAGCACACGAGCGAGGAACCGUGUAGAUACCUUACCUUACCUUUAGUACUUAAGGUACUGAGGUUGCCAAGGUACCUUGGUUAGGCCCUGCCGCUCCGGAACUCCUGCCUGUUGGGUCGUGCAAUGUUUCUGCUCCCGUUGUUUCUUGAACGCGCGCCUUCGGCCUCCAACCGCCUCUCCCUCGUCUGGUGUAGCUUGUAUCAUCCAGCCUCACCCAUCGUCCUUUGCCGACCACCCCUUGACCUCGCCGUCUCACGUCUCAGCUCUUUAUACCGCCGUUUUUGGGUGGCUUCUUGGAACCGUCUUGUAUGUUUGCUUUUUUGGAGUGUGCCUCUUGUUGGCUCUUUUGGCUUCCCGCGCAACAUGUCUGUUGCCCCGUCACCGGCUUCUUCACUUGAAAGUCCGACACAGCCAUGUCGAACACUCGAUGGCAGCCCAGGCCAUGCCGCUACGGGAGACGACGCACCUCAAGAACUCGACAGUGUCGGUGCUCUGAGUGAGCGCCUAGAAAAGCUCGACAUCGGAGCCGACGUCCUCGACACUUCGGAUGCUAUUCAGCACCUUAGCAGCACACUCGAGUCGUCCAGUUCUGCUCAAAACACCCCUCAGGAGCAUGCCCAAGUACCCAGCCAGCCGUGCGAACCUGCUCACGAAACGCUCACACAAGACGGCAAACUCGAGCCCCCACGUCCCUUCCAAAAAUGGAUGCGGACUCUGCACCGAAGGGCCAAGCAGCGACCCCCAGUAUGGGGUAUUGAUGGUGCGCCUCCCCUGCGCGAGCCCAUGGGCCAUGACCGGCGCGGGUCCGCAUCACCGCUUCCAUCAACGCACCGCAAGUCAUCUUCCUCAGGGUCAUCUUUCAGAUUUGUGUCGGCUGUCCGGAGUGCUAGCGCCAGUCUUGCCAGUGUGAGCAUCAUGGCACGAUCCAAGAGAACCGCGACCCGUUCGCAGUGCGUUUCCCGGACGGAUCGCAGCAGUAGGGCUUCAAUGUGCGGACCAAGAGCAUCCGAGGAGAGUGCCAUGAUGGAGAGAGGCGAGGCCAUGGACGCAGCCGCUCUCGAGCGAUCGAUGCAACGGCGACGCAUCCUCGAGGAGCUCUUGAGCACCGAAGAAGGCUACAUUAGCGACGUUCGCUUCCUGGUGAACGUAUAUGUGACCAUUCUGGCCUCUCUGCCCACGUUAUGCAUGGGCCUCCGAGCGUCAAUCAACCAGAACCUAGCUGAGAUCAUUGAGUUGCACGAGGAGAUACUCGCAGAGCUGCAUCGCGUCAUACCCCAUUCAGAAUACACGCAAGUCGAGAUAUCAGCAGGACAGCGUCCGGCAGCAAGUCAGCUGCGUCCCGACCAGCGGGGACACCGCCGCUGGGCCAGUUCGGACACCGCUGUCGCACGCAGCGAGCGCAUGUCGUGGCCUCAGUCAGCUCCAGGUGCGCUGUGUGAGCCGAAUGUCGGAGCGGAAGUGGCCAAAGUCUUUGCCAAGAAGAUGAACCGAUUCUUCAUAUAUAAGGAAUAUGGAGCAAAGUAUGAGAUGAUGAUCAAGGAUGUGUCUUCUGCGAACCAGACAAUGCCGCAGUGGGACUCAUAUCAAAAGGGCCUCGAGGUCCUCGCGUCCAUACUGAGCUCUGCCAAAAGUGCCAAGGACAAGUCCAAGAAGGCGCUCACCAUUGGAGACCUACUGGUCAAGCCGAUUCAGAGAGUAUGCAAAUAUCCUCUCCUAUUCGCAGAGCUACUCCGGCACACUCCAGUAUCGGAUUGUCCGAAUUCGCACAUGGAGCUCGAUGGCGUGCUUACGCGACUUCGCGAGGCAACGGCCGAGAUCAACCGGGCAACUAAUGACGGCACGAUGAGGUUGACCCUCGAGAAGACGUGGCUAUUGCAGGACCGACUGGUGUUCCCAAACAAGAAACUUGAUGCCGCGUCCAAGAACAGGGUUCGCUCAUUUGGCCACAUUCGACUCUGUGGCGUUUUGCACGUUUGCUGGCAGGCACCCUCUGGCGUAGUCGGCCAGUACAUGAUCUCUCUGCUGUAUCGCAAUAUUCUCUGUCUUGCAUCAGCCGGGAAGGCGGACCAAAUAUACGUUGCCCAGGCUUGCAUAGAUCUGACGAGGGCGAGAAUCGAAGACGUUGACAACGGACGGGGUCUGCAAUGUCACACAGCCCCUUUCUCAUGGAAGAUGGUAUUUGAGUGCGACCACCACCUGUAUGAGAUUAUUAUGACGGCCUGCACGCCCAAGGAGGAAACGGAGUGGCGCGCAAGAUUGACCCUUCCGACCAACGAUAGCUCAGAGCCAAGAGGUGCAUGUCUGUUCACCUCGCUCGACUUGGAUAUAAAGAGUUUGGGCGCCAUGUUUGGAAAGCCGGGUUCAAUCGCCCGAAGGGUAUCCAUACACCGAGCGACAACGGUUGGACCAAAGACACCCCUCUAUCAAGUGGUUCUGAAGAACACAAGUAUCGUUCGGGACUCAGCAUGCAGUGUUUCGGGGUCGAUGAGUAUCAACCGGUCCCAGUCAUUGCUAACCACGCACGCUCGAAUACCAGUGCUCGCACCAGCGCGCAGCGAGCGAGCGCGCCUCGAAGCACUCUUGGCCGAAGUUUGGAGUCGCGAGGUACUUCCGUUUCCUGGCAUGACGGCGCGGGCACGUAGCGAGAACCUUGUCCGGGCGUCCGCAUCGACGGUGAUGAGAAAGUUGAGCGUUACAAGCAUCGCUAGUUCCUUCACCAGAAGGCCCGGCAGCGGCUCGCAACGAACAAGACCCAGCGAUGAAGGAAGCUGGAGGAGCAUGAGCAAGCGCCGGUCACGUCAAAGCUCAACAGAGGAAGCUGCACCGGACCACAUGGUGGCAGCGGCAGCGGCGGAUACCGUGCGGAGAGCCAAGAAGCCCAGGACCUGGCAAGGACUAGGAAUGGCGGCGGCCCCUGACGAGGUCAGCGAGCCCUUGGCGAACACCGCAUCCAUGGGCGACAGAUUUCGACCCAGGAAUACAAUUCGGACAGUAACUGAAAUGGGCGAAGCAAUCGCUUUGCGUGCGUCGUCGGUAAACAGCCAACGGCGCCGCGAGACAACACAUGCGGAGAAGCCGGCGCCGCCGGAGAAGGAGAACAAGCGUGCGAGAAAUAAAGACAAGACAGUGUGCCACAGAAGCAGAAUGGGGGGCACCAAAAGCGAGGGCCUGGGCCUCAGUCUGCUGAAUCUGUUCCGAUAACGUCUGCCUGGGCUGCUCAACAUGCAACGUUGGCGUGGCGGGGGGACGCCGUAGCCGAGUGGUUGCAGCAACGCAGGAUGGAUAGUGAAAGCGAACGGACAAGGGGACUAGGAGCGGCAAUGGUCAAUUAGGAUGGGCGGUAUAUUAGACGUGUGGCGUGGAUUGUGCUCGGCCAAGGAGACGGUUGGGGCGACUAAGCAAUGGACUUGCAGCAGUUGGUGGGCAGUUGUCAAGUUGUUCCAUGCUACGGAUAGCGUUGGUGGAGAGCUAGCGGCUGGGGAGCGGCAGCAGCGUUUCAGCAGAGUCAACCAGCC